AUGGAAACUCGAUUUCUAUGUCAUUUCGCACUACUUUUAAUUUCUGUGCAUUGUGCAACUGCCGAUGAAAGAGAAUCGAAAGAAAAUGAAAGGCAAUUAAGAGAAGAAAUCACGACACAAUCUACUGCAGUAGUAGCAACGACUACAUCAUUCAGGCAUUCGCGAUGGUAUCGUUAUGGUAAUAGCUUCAAAGAAGCCGAACGUGGCUAUCACAAUGAUGACGAUGACCAUCUUGAUGAUCACGACAUGGAUCAUGAAAUGGAUGUGGAAAUGGAGGAUACAAAGGCCAUGACACAGCCAAAAUCAGAUUAUUGGGGUGGCUAUUACGAUUUUCUCAUAAAUGAGGGGAGUUACAAAUUCUGGGCAGUUUUUCAGCUUGCCACCGCUGCGCUGUUAAUAUACAGCGGCUUUGCAGCUCUUUAUUACGCCAAGGUGAAUCCAGCAACAACUCCCGACUACGAGGACUAUUUCCUCAGGAGAAGACGAAGAAGAAGACGAAGAAGAUCAUUCGACCUUAGCCCUCGAGAAAGAACAUUCUUAGGUCUUGGACCAGAGAAGGUUCAGCGAAUACUAGACGCGAUUGCGAAAGAAAUUCACUAG